ACUAAAGAGCAUACAUACCUUUCGCAGUGCGUAAGUCCGGUAGUAUUACAAGUACUUUAUCAUACCUACCGUAGAGACAUACAAUGUGUACGAAAAUCAUACAUGGUACCGUAGAUCAUGAAUAAUCAAUAGGCGGUAGGCGGGCAGACGGGAGACGCCAGUUUGGUAGUACUCUUUCGAGGCCAUUCGAUUUUCCGCUCUAGUCACGAGUGAGUCAAAUCAAAAACGCACGCAUGAAAAGCACAUCAUAGUUGAUGCAAAAAACCGAACGAUUUCAAAAACUGAUGUUCGUAAACAUCGUCAAUCUAUUUGCUCAAUCACAAGGAAUAAAAAAGACACAAUUCUCUUCCCGAUUUGCGUUGCCUUUCUCUAUACCAUACAACACUAUCAUCAGAGAACAAAGGCGACCGAGCCUGAUAGUAAAUUAUUUGGAUGGUUUAGAUCAGGUGAUAACGGAACACUCUUACGGACACAAUGACUGAAUCAACGAGGAAAAGGCUACAGAGACAUUCUUCUUUCGUCAAAAUGGUUUACUGUUACUUUCUGGCAACCACGRCGACAUCUUCGAUGCGCCGAGUGAUCGGUAUGCGUUCUACUUCGGGUCGGAUAGCUGUGGAGGCCUUCGUGUCGACAAAGAAGACAAUGCGGAUGCACCCUCGAAUCUCAAGUCGUCAGAAGUUAAUUCAUUAUUCUACGACAAUAAUGUUCUCGUCGGCUUCCCAGGCAACAACAGAACAGCAAAAGCGGAUAUCCCGGCCACAAAAAAUAGUACAAACUCCAGCUACUUCCGUGACGACUGAUAAUCCGCCGCCGCUUUUAAAUCUGCACACUAUUACUCUCGAAGAACUUCAGGARCUAGUUGUGUCGUGGGGAUAUCCAAAGUUCCGCGGGAAACAAAUUUACGGUUGGAUCAGAGACAAGGGCGUUACAAAUCCCAAUGACAUGAACAAUCUACCAAAAAAUCUUCGAAGCACCAUGUUGGAAUUCACUUCUCGUGCUGGCAGCGAUGACGAUUCUUCUGAAGUCAACGACAAUGGUGGGGGGGCACUCUCGCUCGCUUUCGAGGCAAAAUCCAAGGAUGGUACCGUGAAGAGGGCCUACCAGCUCCGAGACGGGCAGCUCAUCGAGUCGGUAUUAAUGGGACCUUACGAGGAUGGACGCUAUACUGCUUGCAUUUCCAGUCAGGCCGGAUGCGCCAUGGGAUGCGUUUUUUGCGCGACUGGUCAGAUGGGAUUUGCCCGUCAGUUGUCGGCCGACGAAAUUCUCGAGCAGGUUUCUCGCUUCGCUAGCGAGCUGAAGCGCCAAAACGAUCCCUCGAAGCGGUUGUCAAAUAUCGUCUUCAUGGGAAUGGGAGAGCCCUUGGCUAACUACCGCAAUGUAGUCAAGGCCGUGAAAAGAAUCAAUUCCGAGCUAGGCAUCGGAGCUCGCAAGAUUACCGUGUCAACCGUGGGAGUCGUUCCCAGCAUCAAAAAAUUAUACGCCAAAGACACAGAAAUGCCACAGGUACGCCUGGCUGUUUCCUUGCACUGUGCUGAUGAUGGCGAACGAACGAAGCUCCUUCCGGCCAACGAACGCUAUGGUGGCCUAGAUGAGCUCAUGACCACCCUUAAGGAGUACAUUGACACAACUGGAAGACGCGUAACACUUGAGUGGGCCCUAAUUGCCCAUCAAAACGACGGAAUUGAGACAGCUCGACAACUUGGAAACUUAGUGAAGCGCUAUGGUUUGCGCCGGGAUAUGGUCCACGUUAAUGUCAUUCCCCUUAAUCCCACCCAGGGAUUCGAGGGCGCCAAACCAAGUAACGUCAAGCGUGUCAACGCCUUUUGCGACUGUCUUUCAAAGGAUUAUGGGAUUUCGGCCACCCCACGUGUCCGGCGAGGUAUCGAUAUCGAUGCUGGGUGCGGGCAGCUGAAGGCUAAGAUCCAGAAAAAAGAGGAUCAAAAGAAACGUAAAGAGCAACGAGAGCAGCAAAAUGCCCUUGCCGAGUUUCUCCCCGAACAGCAAACAGCGCCAAUGAUUGGUGUUUACGAAGACGACAGCGACGAUGAACCAAUAGUGCCGCAACUAAAGCACGGUGAAGUUGUUGAGUUCACUUUUGCUGAUGAUGCUGUAGACUUUGACUCUGACGAUUUUGAAAACCCUGAGUACGAAGAAARCUCUAGCGAUAUGGCGGAGGCAUUACGGUUGAUGUCUCUUGUAGAAAGUGGGGCUUUCGGAACGCCAGCAGCCACAAAGCAGUUACCAGUCACGGCUGAGAAUGAUGACGAUGACAAUAGUCCUGUAAAGGGACCCACUACGACGAUUGUUGACGAGGACGCGGUUCGAACCGCGAAAAAGAAGCGCAAGAAACUCUUGCGAAAUCUUAAACAAAUUAAAAACUUGAAAGACUUGAAAGCGAGUGGAAAAAUAUCGGCUUUUAGCAGGGAGCAACUAGAAAAGAUCAGCAAGGAGGAAGCCUGGAGAAAUGAAGUCGAAGAUCUGGAGCACAAUCUAAAAGCAUAAGGCAUUGCUGUGGACAUUUCUUGCGACAUAUCGACGCUACCACAUCCUUAUUAUGAUAUUAUACGUAUACUAAAUAGUUGACAAAAAUGGUUGAUCUUUUCAGAAGACAUUAUAACAGUCAGUUUCAGGGUCGAGGUAUCUCUCGUGGCUGAAAUUAGCGUAUCUUCUGUUUGUUGUGGGCAUUGUUUCGAGCGUUUUUGGCUUGAACUAUGAGGUUUAGUGGAUAAAAUAAUAGGGCUAGA